AGUCGGCCACCCAAGCCAAAUCCAAUAAUUCAAUGAGUGAUUUUUAAUAAUGAAUUUUGUAUAUAUUUAACACAGCAGCAACAUACACUUACAAAAACAAGUCUCAGAUCAGAAGAAACAUAUCAUAUGAUAUAUAUAAUGCUUUCUCAAAAUCACUGCUCCUUUCGUUCUCUCCUACUUAUCAUCUUCUUCUUCCUGUCCUCGUUCGGCGCCAUUGCUCUCGAGGUUGCUGUCAAGGCUGCAGUUGGUGCUCCUAACGUUCUUGGGGACUGUCCAUUUAGCCAAAGGGUUCUUCUGACUUUGGAGGAGAAAAAUGUACCUUACCAGAUGCACCUCAUCAAUCUCAGUGACAAACCCAAAUGGUUUCUGCAAGUGAAUCCUCAAGGAAAGGUGCCUGUGGUGAAGUUUGGAGACAAAUGGGUCCCUGAUUCUGAUGUCAUUGUUGGAAUUCUUGAGAAGAAAUACCCUCAACCUCAUCUCACUACUCCACCACAGUUCACCUCUGUGGGAUCAAAUAUAUGGGGUAAGUUUGUGACUUUCUUGAAGAGCAAGGACUCAAGUGAUGGGUCAGAACAGGCUCUGCUCACUGAACUAAAGGCACUUGAAAAACAUCUCAAGGCACAUGGCCCAUAUGUUGCUGGUAGGAAGGUUAGUGCUGUAGAUUUAAGUUUGGCCCCAAAAUUGUUCCAUCUUGAUGUGGCUCUUCAACAUUUCAAGAAGUGGGCUGUCCCAGCAGAUCUGACUAAUGUCCUCAAGUACAAGAAGCUGCUGUUCUCACGGAAAUCAUUCAAGAAAACCAGGACUGCAAGGAAAUAUAUAAUUGCAGGUUGGGAGCCAAAAGUCAAUCCAUGAACUAUUUCUAGAUUACAGGAUUUUGAAGCUAUGAAUCCUGGCUGAGACUCUCAAAUGGCUUCAUCCAAACGAGGCUUUGGUUUAUAUGUAAUGUAGCCAUGUCAAAUAAGUUAAAAUUAGUACCUAUUAGUAUGUUCUGCCACCCUUUUCUUCAAUCAAAGUAAAAAUGAAAAACAUAAGCAGAAGAGAUAUUAUUAUA